UUGCAUUUUAACCACGCCCCUUAAUGAUCCUUCACAAACAAGAUGGCGACUUGCAGGAAGAUGAGACGUAGCUGGAAAAUUCAAUGUUUCGUGUUUAUCUUGUUACAACUGUUUACUCCCAACUGUAUUUCGGCUCCGCCGGCAACCCAAAACGCAGUUUUACUGGAUCCAGAAGUUGAUGAUUUAGAACCCUUGCCUUUGGCAACAGCCAGCAAGGAUGCAGAAACAGCCAUCGGUACUGGUACAACGGACGGCAAAGCAGACACAGUAACCAGUGACAAUGAUGCAACAGUAAUGAAGGCUGGAACAGCAGAUGCAAAGGACGCUGCCGCCACACCCAUCAAGGACUCUGCCGCCACACCCAUCAAGGACUCUGCCGCCACACCCAUCAAGGACUCUGCCGCCACACCCAUCAAGGACGCUGCCGCCACACCCAUCAAGGACGCUGCCGCCACACCCAUCAAGGACGCUGCCGCCACACCCAUCAAGGACGCUGCCGCCACACCCAUCAAGGACGCUGCCGCCACACCCAUCAAGGACGCUGCCGCCACACCCAUCAAGGACGCUGCCGCCACACCCAUCAAGGACCCUGCCGCCAUACCCAUCAAGGACGCUGCCGCCACACCCAUCAAGGACGCUGCCGCCACACCCAUCAAGGACGCUGCCGCCACACCCAUCAAGGACGCUGCCGCCACACCCAUCAAGGACGCUGCCGCCACACCCAUCAAGGACGCUGCCGCCACACCCAUCAAGGACCCUGCCGCCACACCUAUAGAAGACACACCUAUCGAUGGUGUAAUAGCACGUGAUGAUGCACCAUACACCAAAGGGGAGGUUAUAGCUGAAUCCACUGCCAUUAAUGCUGAAACAACUGUUGGCAAGUAUGCAAUAACUGCAGACAAGAACAAAACCAAAUUUGAUAAAUCAGGACUGACUCCUGAAAAACUACCUCCCAAACCUGCUGAUUCAGAUGCUGAUGCUGCCAUGACUGCAGCUCCAGCCACCAGCACCACCACAGUCAAAGCCCCAGAGCCUGCCAAGCCCAUCCUGGAGAAACCAAGCCCUGCCUCUAACACCAAGCUCGUCAGCCCCAUGGACGCAACAGAGGAUGAGCAAGAGAGCGAUCAAGUGCCUAUCAACACCCUGGAGUCCCAGACAGACAUGUACGACAGAGAAAAUGAGGAAGAAGGUGGUGAAGACUAUAACAUGGGACCCGCUGUUAAGGUCCCUCUGGACCAGGACCAGAACCAGAACUUUGGCGGCCAAGACCUCAACGAGGAGAACGAUGACGGCAUGGUGGACGCCGAUGAUGAUGACCAGGUGGUGCUCAGCCCAGCAAAGAGUGCUGGGAAGAUAGAUGUACGUAUGAAGGACACCAACAUCUACACCACCCAGGACGAGGACUCCCACUUCUUCUUCCACCUGGUCAUCCUGGCCUUCCUGGUGGCCAUUGUAUACAUCACCUACCACAACAAGAGGAAGAUCUUCCUGCUAGCCCAGAGUCGGCGCUGGAGGGACGGCCUGUGUUCUCGCAACAAUGUGGAGUAUCAUCGGCUGGACCAGAAUGUCAACGAGGCCAUGCCUUCCCUCAAGAUGACUCAAGAUUACAUCUUCUGAGCAGAGAAGGAAGUUGAAAGAACUAAUACGAGCCUUUUUCCAGCUGCAUUGUUGAAACGCUUGCUUGCCCACAAGCUUGGCCCACUUUUUUUUUUCUUGCUUCAUGAAAAACCUGGACAGGAGGGAGUUUGAUGGUACUACCACUCUGUAAUCGAUACACGUUUUCGAUGUUUGCCCACGUAUGCUGGAAAUAUUAAUUUCUGUUUUGUUAACCAUAGUCCUACGUUUUUGAAAUGAAUUAUGAUUUAGUAUUUGAUUUAUUUGGGUGGCCUAUACUGGUCUGUAUGAAAUAUGUUCUCACCAUGUUUAAGCCUUACUAUUCUUCUACACUUAUUGUUUUGCACACUCUUAAGUGUUUGUGCUGAUUGCAGAUUACACACUCAGAAAAUUGGAAUGUAAAUAUUGUCAAUCAAUACCAAUGAUGCUGUACUUUACUUGCUAGUCACUAAUCUGCCCUGCAAUGAGUGAAGGCUAUUUGUAGUGGUUCGCCUCAAAGCCCUCAUUCCACAAGGCGUUGCAGUACAAUCUGCAUUUGUAGUUGUAAAAGUUAAUAUUGUACGUAUGUAGCGUACUACACAAUAUACAUUCAUGUUCAGAACUUGUGGUUAUUUCUUACGCUAAAUCCAUUAGACAAGUGAGGACUUUUGACAUGACAGAGCCCACCACAUUGUGAUAUGGUGGCAGUAAUUCCCUUGCCUGAAAUUGUAUUUUUCCAUAAUCCGGCAUUUUACUGGUUCUUAUUAAAACGUUGGCCAGAUUGUGCUAUGCACUAAUCCCAGUGCUGCCCCCUUUUUUGUAUUUGUUUUAUGACUUUGAAGUCUCAGAUGUCGGGUAAAGAUUCCUCACUUAGAUUUCUCAAUUUGUUUCUCAAUGAGAAUGUGGACUCGACCGGAGUGCAUGUGAAACACUACUUCAACACAUUACUUUAGGGGACAGAGAACUGAUUGUCGAAUCUGGGGACGUACCCUAUUAUGUAGUGCACUACUUUUGAACGGGGCACUAGGGCUCUGGGUCAAAAGUAGUGCACUAUAGAUAUAGGGAAUAUGGUACCAUUUGGGAAUCAACCUCAGUCUAGAGGAAACGAUGACAACCACCGUCGCUCACUCGUCAUUAGCUUAACGAGUCUUCAAUUCUAAUGCCAUAUCCUGUGACGUGAAUCCAGAAUCAAUCAAUUCUCAUGCACUUUCUCAAUCCCCAAUACUUUUUACAGCUGUCUUUUCAGGACCGUGGAAAAGCAUUGUAAUCUGAGUGUCACAACAAUAGCUAAAGCAUGGAGGGGAGGUUUUGUCAUGCAUGGAACAGGACGUAUAUUGUGUAGCUUUCAUAUGGUAUUUGGUGGAUGGACACUGCCUUUGCAAUCAACUGUAGAGAUUGUACAAUCGUUUGCCGAUGAAGCACAAUUGUAUUUGUCAAUAAAGCACAAUUGUAUUUGGGGGCCCCUUUUUGUUUUUCCUCUUGCUAAUGCUUUGUUUUCUAAGAAAUACAUUUUGAAAAAUCUGUUUUUAGUUUGUUUCUUGUAAAUUAACAUAACAUCCACACCAGGUUUUAAGAGUCAUCAAAAAACUGUUUGUCGUGAGUAUUGAAUGCUUUGGAAAUGUCCUUGGAAAUGAGCCUGUGGUGACCACAUGACUACCCUAUCCACUCAAUCAUUCCAUUGCUAUUGUUUUGUAUGAGGACAGCCAUGCUUACAUCUGUCAUAUCCUUGUUUGUUGAUCCAUCCAAGCACCCCAGUGAGUAAUCCUGAAUCCUAAGCAGUGUCAAUAGCAUUUUGAGCUUGCAUGGUGGUUCUGUGUUAGAAGCUGUCUGAUGUUAUUGAGAGAGGUUGGUAUGAGCUGGGCGUGUUCUUGAAGGAAGCACAUACCAAAGGGCCUGUACGACAGGUAAGGCUGCAGUUAGUCAUAUCGCCCUUGGAUGGCAGUAGAGACCUUCAAGUCAGUGGCGAUCAGACAAUUGAACAGCAGCUCAACCAUUCAAGAGAACGUUCAGAAAUGCACUUCCAGCUUGAGUACAAGACUGUUUUAGCUUGAACUGUUAUUCCAUCAUCCUAAAACCUAGUAUGUUAAUAACCGUGUAAGCAAGUUGAAUGUACUUAUGAAGUUAAAUAAAAAAUACGUAUAUUUA